GCCCCCGGCGGGUCCGUGCGGGGCGGCGGGGUCCGGGCCGGUCCCGGUGCCCAUGAACUUGUUCGCCACCUGGGAGAUCGACCGCUCGGCGCCCAGCUGCGUGCCCCGGCUCUGCAGCCUGCGCCUGAAGAAGCUGACUGUGCUGAGGGAGCUGGACAAGGAGCUGAGCUCAGUGCUCAUCGCUGUGAAGAUUCAGGGUUCAAAGCGAGUCCUGCGAUCCAAUGAAUACGUCCUUCCACCCGGGGGCCUGAUGGAGACUGACCUGGAACUGACUUUUUCUUUACAGUACCCGCAUUUCCUGAAGAGAGAUGGCAACAGGCUGCAGAUUAUGCUGCAGCGAAGGAAGAGGUACAAGAACCGCACAAUCCUGGGCUUCAAGACUCUGGCGGUGGGAAUCAUUAACAUGGCGGAGGUGAUGCAGCACCCCACAGAUGGAGGGCAGCUUCUGGGCCUCCACAGCAACAUGAAGGAUGUGAGCAUCCGAGUGGCUGAAAUCAGCAUCUACUCCCUGUCCAGCCAGCCCAUUGACCAUGAAGAUGGCAGCGUCCCCUCCGGCCCCAAAAUCAAAGCCUCGGAUCGCUCCCCAGACAUGGAUAACUACUCGGAGGAGGACGAUGACAGCUUCUCUUCAGAGCAGGAGGCCAGCGAUGAUGCUGUGCAAGGCCAGGAUCUGUACGACGAAGAGGAUGAAGUGAGGAAGCCGAAGAAAGCCCGGAGGAAAAUGAUCAGAACCACGUCCCUGAGCAGACAACCGAACUUCAAGCAGAAAUUCGUUGCUUUGCUGAAGAGAUUUAAAGUGAUGGAUGAGGUUCUGGACUCUGACCCGGUGGGUCAGACCCAAGAAGUGGAGGAGGACCUGGGGCUGCUCUACGACAGCUUGGAGGAAUGCAACAACAGCGACAGCGGCCCCGAGCUGGAGGAUAACGAGAGCGUGCGCAGUACCCCCAAACCCACCCUGAGGCGUUUCUUUGAGGGCGUCUCUCACUCAGGUUCCCAGACUGAGAUCGGCAGUCUGCACGGCCAGAAAGGGCAGGAACAGGAGUCCAGCAGCCCUGGACAAGCAGAGAAGCGAAAGGCUGGAGCGCCGCGGGCCCUGGAGGAGGUGGGCAUGGAGGUGGUAGCCGCGGUGCUGGAGGGGGAGGAGCCCUCCCCACGCCCCGGGGCGGCAGAGGCAGCCGGGCGGGAGAGCAGUGUUGACAGGCUAGCGCAACUGGCCAGCGCCGGCAAGCCCGAGCCCCCAAACGCUGUGUCACCCAGCAAAGCUGAGAGCAGACAGGUGUGGCGGCCCCGCAGCACCUCCAUGAAGGACCGGCAGAACUCGAAGGGGCAGAGCGACCGCGCUAGCAGCCUGGACAGUGAGAGCUCGCCGGACUCGCGGCACAGUGCCCAGGUGCCCCGGAAAUCCGUCUAUGAUCAGCUGAACCAGAUCCUGAUCUCAGACGAGCAGCUUCCGGAGAGCAUCGUCCUGGUCAAUGUCACCGAGUGGCAAGGGCAGUACCUGAGCGAGCAGCUCCAGGCGCACAAACAACCCGUCGUCUCCACUUGGUCCGUGGCCGAUGUCCAGGCUGCCUUCAACACCAUUGUCGCUCGCAUCCAGAGAUACUGUAACUGCAACUCUCACAUGCCUCCCCCAGUCAAAGUGGCCGUGGCGGGAGACCAGAGCUACCUGAGCAUCGUGCUGCGGUUCUUCGUGGAGCAGCUGGCCAGCAAGACCCCAGACUGGCUGAACUACCUCCGCUUCCUUGUGGUGCCACUGGGCUCACACCCGCUGGCCAAGUACCUGGCAUCUGUGGAUGGGAGGUACAGCGCCCUCUUCCUGGACACGGCGUGGAGGGAGCUGUUCAGCCGGGCUGAGCCCCCCAGCACAGACACCGUGGACGUCCCUGGCCGCGUGGCUCAGUUCAUUGCAGGAGCCAGCCAGUCUCACCAGCUGCCCAUCUCCGAGGCCAUGCUGACGUACAAACAAAAGAGGAAGAGAAGCCUCUAUUUUGAUUUUUAUAUCAGCCCAGACGACGACUCCUGCCAGAAGUUUGUGCCAUUUGUUGGGGUGGUGAAGGUGGGGCUCGUGGAACAGUCCUUCAGCGCCUCAGUGGACUCUGACGAUGCCACGGUCUGCACCAGUUCCCUGCUGAGCUCCGCACCUCCAGCCAGCACAGGGACCCCCCACAGCAAGGAGGCCAUGGGCACCCCACCGCCCUCCCCGUCGGUCAGCAGCGGCCUGUCGGGGGCUGGGUCCCUGAGCCCCGGCGUGGAGGUGAUGGGCCUGCAGGUCGAUUACUGGACAAACCAGGGGCUGGAGAAGAAGAAGGAGGGAGAGAAGCGGGAGAUGGGCUUGAAGAACACACUGAAGAGCAACUUCCGGUCGCUGCAGGUCAGCCGCGUGCCCGGCGCCGGGGAGCUGGUCCCCCCCAGCACCAUGGCCAUGACCGUGGUCACCAAGGAGAAGAACAAGAAAGUGAUGUUCCUGAGUAAGAAACCCAAGGAGAAGGACCUGGAGCCCAAAAGCCAAGUCAUCGAAGGGAUUACGCGCCUGAUCUGCACGGCUAAGCACCAAAACACCAUGCUCCGAGUGUCCAUCGACGGGGUGGAGUGGAACGACGUGAAGUUUUUCCAGCUAGCCGCGCAGUGGCCAACCCAUGUCAAGCAUCUCCCCGUGGGCAUCUUUGGCUACUCGAAGAGCGUGUGAGCCAGCUGGGCGGCCUGGGAGCCGGGACUCUGCUGAGUGUGGCAGGAGACGGCGAUGGCCAUGGCCUGUCCCUUCUGCUGGGCACUGGGGGAGGUUCCUGCUGCCCCGCUCCAGGCCCUGGCUGUUUCCACUGUCUCUCUCCCCCAGGGGGCUUUUAACAUGCAGCUAGAACUGGUGCAACAGGGGCAUCCACGUGGCUUCCAGAGUUGCAGCCCCCCAAGCCAGCCUCCCACGACCCUGGGGCAGGGGGCCCACCCCGAGGAAGGGACGGGGACUGGGAGCUGCUCAAGGGAGUCUUACUGGUGCUGCACCAGCAGAACAGGCUGCUCUGGCUCCUGCCCGGGGGCUGGCUCAGCCAGCUGCAUCCUCUGGCAAUUCAGUCACCCCCUUUCGGAAGCCCCAGGGCCCCAGUGGCAGCUCCAGGGAGUUGAGCAAUGGCAGCGUGGGGCAGAGAUCCCUCAAGGCCCCAGCAAGCCUGGGCUCCAGGCCCUGUAGCAGCCCCUAGGCCAUGGGGCUGCAGGGCUGAGCGUAGGCCCAGCCCCCUGCCCCCUCCACUAGGAAACACAGGGGCCUAUGGAGCUGCAGCCUGCGGACCACCUGAGGCUCUCCUAGCACUUCAUGUAGGGGCCUCCUCCACCAUCAGCUGCAGGGCCCCAGGGGAGGGGGGCAGGGCUGCUCCGCAGUGAGGUCCAGGCACUGGCCCCGGGGGAGCAGAAAGCUGGGCAGGCCCAGCUGUGCCCUCAGCACCGGGAGCCAGCACCUGUCAGUCCAAGCUGCAGCCCCCCUGCCCAGAAAUGCUAGGGGCAGGCGGGGCUGCACCUGGGGGGCCCCUGGGCACAGCUGUUUUCCCACUUACUGCUGGCCUGGGGUUCACAGGCCGAGUGUGGCAGCCCACCAGCCCUGGCACUGCAGCUGAUCUCACACUCCUGCCCUCCGCCCAGCCCCUCAUGCUGCCAAACCGCUCCCUGCCCUCGGAGCCCCAGACUGGGGGCUGGGCGGCCGGCAGAGGCAUCACCCUGUUUUUUUACAAGAUUCUAUUUUUUUUAAACUUACUGUAUGGUUGCUUUUCUGGAUUAAUUUUAAUAAAUUAAUGCUGGUACCAC